UGUAUGUGUCGCUAGCCCGGCAGCUAGCAGCUAGCAGCAGCGGCAGCGGCAGCAGCAGCUCACCAGGCCACAUCGGCCGGCCGGUGCACCAUCCUCAGCUUCCAGCCAUGGCGUUGGUUACUCUGCAGAGGUCCCCGACCCCGAGCGCCGCUUCCACCGGGAGCACGGCAACCACGGCGGCGGGGGAGGAUUUUGGGAGUGACGAUGAACGGCGAACAAAUCAGAGCCUGAGUGAGAGCUUCUUUAUGGUGAAGGGUGCUGCCCUCUUCCUGCAGCAGGGGAGCAGUCACCAGGGCCAGAAAGCACAUCCUCCCCACAAACACGCAGGCGAUUUACCUCAACACCUGCAGGUGAUGAUCAACAUUCUUCGCUCAGAAGACAGAAUCAAACUGGCGGUGCGUCUGGAGAGUGCAUGGUCCGAUCGGGUGCGGUACAUGGUGGUGGUGUACACCAGUGGGCGACAGGACACAGAGGAGAACAUCCUACUGGGGAUCGACUUACCUAGCAAAGACUGUAAAAGCUGUUCGAUUGGCAUGGUGCUGCCUCUGUGGAGCGAUACAAAGAUCCACCUGGAUGGCGACGGGGGCUUUACCGUGAACACAGCAGGUCGGACUCAUGUCUUUAAACCCGUGUCCGUGCAGGCUAUGUGGUCGGCUCUGCAGGUGAUGCACAAGGCAUGUGAGGUGUCACGCAGGUAUAACUACUUCCCUGGGGGGAUUGCUCUCACUUGGAUGGGCUACUACGAGAGCUGCAUUGCCUCAGAGCAGACCUGCAUCAACGAGUGGAAUGCUAUGAAGGACUUGGAAACCCCACGUCCGGACUCGCCCACCAUGUUUGUCGACAAGCCUUCAGAGAGAGAGAGGACAGAGUGCCUUAUUAAAGCCAAACUCAGAAGCAUCAUGACGUGCCAGGAUCUUGAGAAUGUCACCUGCAAACAGAUCCGUACAGAGUUGGAGCAACACAUGAACUGCAACCUGAAGGAGUACAAAGAGUUCAUUGACAAUGAGAUGCUGCUGAUCCUGGGCCAGAUGGACAAACCCACUCUCAUCUUUGACCACGUCUACCUGGGAUCCGAAUGGAAUGCAUCUAAUUUGGAAGAGCUGCAAGAGACAGGGGUGGGCCAUAUCCUCAACGUUACACGGGAGAUAGACAACUUUUUUCCAGGCACAUUCAGUUAUCACAACAUACGAGUGUACGAUGAGGAGGCCACUGACCUGCUGGCUCACUGGAAUGACACGUACAACUUCAUUGUUAAAGCAAAAAAGAACCAGUCCAAGUGUCUGGUUCACUGUAAGAUGGGUGUCAGUCGAUCUGCCUCCACUGUCAUUGCUUACGCCAUGAAGGAGCACGGCUGGUCAUUAGAGAAGGCGUACAACUUUGUCAAGCAGAAGAGGAGCAUCACACGACCAAACCCAAGUUUCAUGAGACAGCUGGCAGAGUACGAGGGCAUCCUGGACGCCAGUAAACAGCGGCACAACAAGCUGUGGCAUCCAGAUGGAGACUGUGAGAUGGCAGAGGGACAGCAGGGGGUGGCUCAUUGCUGUGGAGGGGAGGAGGGGGGCCACCGUACUCCUGAGCCAGGGAUGUCCCCCUGCUGUGAGGAGGCGCUGUCUGAUAAAGGUGCUGCAGGCCCCUCCUCGUGCAGGACUGUUUCACUGGAUAUUGACCCCGCCUACAACAACUACUACUUCCGCCGGCUGUCUGACUCAGCGCUGGAUAGCGAACCGUCAACACCAGUGCGCGGCCCCCCUCUUAUUGGCAUGGAAAAAGUUUUUAUAGAAAUUGAUGAUGUGGAGCGGGACGCUCUGUUGGAUGAUGAGGCCUUCGAUGGAGGCGAAGGCCUGCCCCUCUCCCAAUGUGGACCCACAGCAGAGGGAACUGCUGCCCAGACCUGUAGUCGUGGCCCUGAGCCACUGGAAGAGCUGCGCCUGAGGUUGGAGUUCAGCACAGUGGAGGAAGAGGAUGAGGAAGAGGUGCAGAAGGAGGAGGCAGAGAUGGAGGUACUGAUGCAGCCAGAUGAUGGAGGGGGUGGGGAAGGAGGUGGAGAAGAGGAAACGCAAGAUGUGGAGGUUGAGGGGGAUACAGAGGGUAAUGGCAUGGACCUGGCAUCUCUGAAUGAAAAUUCCAACAACAACAACAACUUGAGUGCUUCAUGGAACCACAAUGAAAAGCCUUCCUCCAUCCUUCUUCCUGCUGAUGCUUGUGCACUCUCAAUGAGGGACUCAAAGUCCAAUCAGAAAGAAGAUUCUCCCACCCUCUCUUCUAAGAUUUGCCUUAAACCCAGUCCUCCUGAAGUUCCAAGACCUUCAUUCCCACAGUCCUAUAUCUCCUCUGAAGGUGUUGCAUCUUCAGUGGGACUGCUGCGUCCCUGUGGCCCUCUGUGUGACUGUCCAAACUGUGCUGCUUCCCCGUCCACAGCUCCCCUCAUCAGAGAGGAGCGGCCAGGAGAAUCGCUGCCCUUACUCCAGCCUGAGGACAUUGUCGAUGGAAAGACUGAGCCUGACAAAGUGCAAUCUGCAGCUUGCUCAGAGGCUCUCCCUGAGCUGAUGAGAAUAGAUGUGGAGGAAGAUAACCCUGCAGUAGCUUGUCAAGUUGUCCGACAACAGGAGACCCUUGUACAGCUGCAAAGAUCUGGGCUGGUCCGCCGCCGUGCCGAGAGACUAGAGAGACUUUCAGGUUCAUCACAAGAGAUCCUGCAAUCUCUCAAGCCUUUGCACGCUUGCCAAAGGUCCAUGAAGAGCCCCUUUCUCACCGAGGAUGAGGAGGAGUUCUGCAGUUUUACCAGGGACUUCACUAAAUCUUCAACACCUUGCCAAGUGCGGUUAGAGCCAAUGGUGAGGCCACUGACCAAUGAAGGCUUGUUGGGGGUGGUGGGGCCUGGGCCACUCACUCCCACCUCCUCGCCUCAUGGCUCCACCCUGACACGCAGCUCCAGCAGUGACAGUCUGCACAGUGUGAGGGGUAAACCAGGCCUCGUGCAUCAGAGGGCGCAGGAGAUCGAGACCCGCAUGCGGCUGGCGGGCCUGACCGUGCCCUCGAGGCUAAAGCGGUCCAACUCGCUGGCCAAGUUGGGCAGCCUCAACUUCUCCUCUGAGGACCUGUGCUCAGCCUGUUCCUCAGAUGCAGGAACGCUGCUGCUCCUCUCGCUGUCCCCAGAGCCAGACACUGGCCUGGAGUGGGACUCCCCCACCACCUCUGCUCUGCCUCGGCCAAACAAAGACUUGCACACUUUAGAGAGAGCGCUGCCAGGUGAACCCAGAAGCUGACACAUCACGUGAAGGUUAAAAACACUCCACCCUGAACUUCAUGUGUCACCCUGUGGAGCUGGAGAGGGUUGUACAGAUCCUGGAAAGAGAAGAGAGUCGAGUCUGAGGAAGCAAAUUAUAUAAAACAAACAAACAAAAACAAACAAUGCCAACUGUUGUAAGGAGUGUACGCUCUCCUUUGCCACAUUGUUUCUCAAACUGCUGUCCACAGUGAUUAAGUCAUAUUACUGUAUCUGACAAGUGUGUAAGCCAUCACCUCACCUCUGACAUGGUUUGAUUCAUGGACAAACAAGUGCCUUACCUAUGAGACCAGAGGCACAUAGUUGUGUUAGACUGCAGGAUGAGACGGUACAGGAUGCUCUAUAACCUUUAACUUCACCGCUGUUCGUACCUGAUAUGUACCAAAUUAUAGUAUCCAUCGGCACUUGGAUUAUUUUUACUUAGUCUGUGUUGGUGAACUUGAGUCCCUCAGUGGAGCUUGACAGAGAGCAAAGUGUUCGAUAUAUGUAUAGUUGUUUACAGCACAAUUUAUGUUUUAGAUGCUCGAUAGUUGUAAAAAAUUAAUGGUUACCUCAUGUUGCAUUCAUGACGCUCUUUCUCAGAUGAACACUGGAGUUUGAUUCAGUUCAUUUGCUGGUGUCGGAACUCGGUUUUCGACUAAUUUUAAUGCAGAGGUGUGUGUUAGUGUGUUAAUGCUUAACUAUAUGUGAGUCUCUGAGUGAGUGUAAGGGAUGAAUGCUGGGAGAGGAGGGUUGCGUCGUUGUUUUGCCAGAGGCGUGCUCACUGUUUUCAACAAACAGAACAGAAACGUUUCUGUGUUUGUUGUCCCUUUGCACUGCUUUUUUUUAUUGAGUGAAUACUGGUACACAGCAAGCUAUCUUCCAAAAUAACAUCAGAGUAAUGUUAUUGACCUCAUCAUUCCCUACAGUGUACAAUGCUUCUGGCAGAGCAGAGUGAGGUGUCACGCUGCACUGUUUUGAAAUCAUACUACAAACGUCUGUUGUGACAGGAACUGAGGAUUUAUGGCAGUCAGAUGACACGAUGUAUGUUGAAAAAAGCACCAAACCCUAACAUUUCUCAUCCAAACCUUCUUUACCUUAAAUUCAUUCCUGAGGGUUGCCAACAUUUUAAACUCAUUUAUGCUUUUUAGAAUGUGAGAGACCAAAGUUGUUUGGCUGUCAACAAAUUGGAAGCACCACUGAUGCUGUACAAAAUAUGUGAAUCAUUAUGUCAAUCAUAUACAGGUUUUAAAAUGCUGUCACAUCCUUUUGCACCUUUUGGGAGAAACAAGAGAGACUCGGUGGAGUCGUCAGGCUCAAGCUGUUUUAUGCUCAUAUCAUCGAUGAGUUUGAAAGCUUUUGUCACACUGACGUGACAACGAUCACAAUAGGUUACUUCACAGUUUUGUAACCAUUUUCUUUUUAUAUUUAAGUAUGCAGUAACUUUUGUACUGUACAUUGCUGUAGUUCAAAUGCAUAUUGCACUUUUUAUGUUGGUCAAAAAGAUGUACUGUAUGUGUUAAAUAUGGAAAUAAACAUUUCUUUUACAUAA